CUUUUUUAUUAACCUUAUUCAAACUGUCAAAAUCUGCUUCCCUUAAAAGGAUUACCAAAGAGUAUGGAGAUCUACAGAGAGACCCUCCAGCCGGAUGUUCUGCAGGACCUAUCUCAGAAGAUGAUAUGUAUAGAUGGUCUGGGUCAAUUGUUGGCCCUGCUGAUACACCAUAUGAAGGAGGAAUCUUUUUCCUCAACAUUGAGUUCCCUGGUGACUACCCAUUUAAGCCUCCUAAGAUUGUAUUCACUACUAAGGUUUACCACCCUAACAUUAAUGGCACAGGAUCUAUCUGUGUUGACAUUUUAAAGGACCAAUGGUCACCUGCAUUAACAAUUUCAAAGGUUCUGAUCUCUAUCAGCACCCUCCUCGACGAUCCUAACCCAGAUGACCCUCUAGUCCCUGAAAUAGCCCAGGAAUAUCUCAACAAUAGAGAAGCCUACGACGAAAAGGCCAAAGAAUGGACAAAUACCUAUGGCUAGGUGCCUGACAUAAGCUCUUAAUUCCUUGUUUCAAAAUUGAAGAUUAUAUU